AUGGCUUCGAAUGGAGCUCUCCCGCAGACUUUGAAGUCCAUCACCGCCACAAAGAUCAGCGAGCUCUCCAAGCAGCGCGCCUUAUUUGAUUUGCGCAAAACUGAGAUUCUUGCAAUUGCCAACACCGCCCCAGACCUACGCACGCGUGCCCAGGCUUUACUGGAUGGGAUCUCACGCCUGAAAGGAUACCCCAAAGAUUCGCUGGACAAAGAUGACGUGGAUCUUGAUGCUGAUUCCUCGUCCGAUGAAUCAGAGGACACACGAACUGCUCGGGGCGUUGGCCGCCUGCAGCGGGAAGACCAUACCAACAUUCGUCGUUUCCUUUUACAGAGUCGAUAUGACCCUUCCAUCUCCCAGGUAGCCCUUCGCGAUCGAGUCACGCAACUGGAAAAGGAACUGCAUUUUCUGGAGAUCAAACAUGAGCACGGUGAGUUCUACAGUCAGUUGGUUACAGAGUGGUUGUCAGAGUUGGAUGGGGGCAACUCCUCCACGGCGGGUGUCAAUGAAACCAGACCCACCGACUCAGACCCCAAUCUGGAAAGUGUUGGGCGGGCAGAAAUGCACGAACAGCGUGCUACUUGGGAGUCCUUGGUUUUUACCGCUGCUACGCAUGUAAAUGAGGAUGCAAUCCAAUCCUACCUGGAUGAUCUUUUCACCCAGACCAAGCUUUCUCAACAGGCGCUCAAGGAUCUCCGAACGAGCAUUCAGUCGUUUGGGACAAAUCUUGCCUCGAAGGGAGAAUGGCUCGAUGUCGACGAGCUCAAGUGGGUUUCUAACGCACUACUCAAGAGCGACCUACUCAGCGAUGAGAAGACAGCCGUUCUGAAGGAAUUCAUGCGCAAUAAUGAAGUUGCCCAGGAAGUGGCAGAUGUGCUCAACUUGCGCAUUGCAUCAAUUGAUAGCUGGUCCUGGACAGGAGGCUCAGAUGGAAUCCCUGUUAGUAUGCGCCGUCAACUCAAUGGCAAAUACCGGGUUUUCAUGGAUGAAGACCUUCUUGAUGGUCUUCUGCUACAGUACAUUGGGACAACAUGGGCUGUCAAGCUGCGGCAGGUAUUUGAGACAUUCCUAAAAUCCAACGCUUGGAAGCCUUUGCGUGAAGAUAUCCCAGAGAAACAUCAGGAUCUGCGCAAGUACUUCAUUGGCCGCGAAGCCAACUCAAAUGCUGGCAUGGUGAACGAAAUUCGAAAGAAUACAUACAGAGAUGAAUACUUCAUGAGUCAAUUACCCGCCUCAACCGACGAGGGUGCACGGCAAUAUGACGACUGUAACGCCAAACCGAAAAAUGCUCUGGAUACCAAACACUCCCUUCUUCACCUCUUGAUCACGGAGUCCAUCAUCCACAAGCAUCAACGAGGAGAAUUCACCGCAGUCCGGUCUGACUUUGAAUGGUUCGGCCCCUCGAUGCCCCAUACCACCUUGCUCACUGUGAUGAAAUUCUUUGGAGUUUCCGAGCUGUGGAUUAAUUUCUUCAUACUGUUCUUAGAGGCUCCGCUCAAAUUUGCCCAAGAUGGGCCCGAUGCCGGUGUUCAGGUCCGCAAGCGGGGACUUCCAACGAGCCAUACACUCGGUGACUGCUUGGGAGAAUCAGUUCUAUUUUGCAUGGACUAUGCAGUCAAUCAAGCCACAGAUGGGGCUUUCCUGUACCGACUCCAUGAUGAUUUCUGGUUCUGGGGAGCUAAAAGUACUUGCGUCAAGGCAUGGGAGGCGAUGGAAGAGUUCACGCAGGUAAUGGGCCUCAAGUUCAACAAGGAGAAGACUGGAACGGUGCAAAUGGGCGUGAAAAAUAGCCAGGAAGAAUCUUCUCUUCCCACCGGCGAUAUCCGCUGGGGCUUCCUGGUUCUAGAUGAAAAGCAGGAGAGAUUUAUUAUCGACCAAACCCAGGUCAACCAGCAUAUUGAAGAGCUUUCACGUCAACUUUCAUCUUGCAGGAGUGUGUUUGCCUGGGUACAGGCAUGGAACGGUUAUUUCGGUCGUUUCUUUACCAACAACUUCGCAAAGCCAGCCAUCUGCUUUGGCAGAGACCAUAUCGACAUGGCCAUUUCUACCCUGAGUCGUAUCGAAAGCACCCUCUUCAGCAAAACCUAUGAUGCCAAAAGCCCAUCUGAUCCAAUCAAGGGCGUCACCGACUAUCUCCGCACUGUGAUCGCCAAGCGGUUCGAUAUCCACGGACUGCCCGAUGGGUUCUUCUAUUACCCAGUCGAACUUGGCGGCCUGGGACUUUUGAAUCCCUUCAUUGGACUGCUUGCCAUGCGUGAAAACAUCAAACAGACCCCCCGAAAGCUUUUGCAUAAAGCUUCUUUGGCAGAUGAGAGAGGUUAUGAGGCAGCCAAGGAAAAGUUCAAAAAGGACGGCCCUGACCUCACCAGCUCAUUCUGGAACAAGUGGGGCGGAGAGUCCAGGCCCUUCAUGACUCUGGAAGACUACACCCGGUACCCAGAAACGUACAGCUCAGCUCUGUUGAGUGUUUACGUAAAAUUGACUGAAGUGCCGAGCGAGACGAGCGUGGCUCACAGCUCUGGCUUCAGCAAGGAACAGAAUGCACUCGGACCUAAGUUUGCCGGGAAGGGGUCUAUCUCUGCGGACUGGAAUACGAUGUCGCCCUACUGGCGCUGGGUAGCGGAGCUUUACUAUGAAGAAAUGGUUCGUACCUAUGGUACUCUGGCUGCCGUCAACCGCGAGUUCAUGCCCUUGGGUGUCGUGAAGACCUUGCGGGAAGGUCGAUUCAGAUGGCAGGGCUGA